CUAUAGCCAAUGAAGUUUCUUGAGACCAGGAAGUUGUUUAUAUACACUCCCCUUUGCAGAGAAAGAUAAUAUACACACACACACACACACACACAAGUAUACACAAUUAUAGACUCUCCUCUCCUCCUCCUCCUCCUCCUCCUCUCUCUCUAGAUCUCCUCCUACUCCUCCGUUACAGCAGAACAUCAGAUUCACACGAACCAAUGGGUGGAUGCCACGUGGUGGUCUUGCCUUAUCCAGGAAGAGGACACAUCAACCCUUUGAUGAACCUCUGCAAACUACUAGUUUCUUGGAGCAGCGACGAUCUUCUGAUCACCUUCGUCGUCACGGAGGAGUGGCUUGGCUUCAUCGGCUUCGAGCCCAAGCCGGCUAACAUUCGGUUCCGCACAAUCCCCGACGUCUUGCCUUCCGAGCUGGUCCGAGGCGCCGACAUGCCCAGCUUCAUCGAUGCCGUUUUGACCAAGAUGGAGGAGCCGUUCGAGCAGCUCCUGGACCGGCUGGAGCAGCCGCCAACGAUCAUCAUGGCUGAUGUUUUUGUUCUGUGUGCGGUCAACGUCGGGAAUCGGAGGAAUAUUCCGGUGGCUGCAGUUUGGCCCAUGCCGGUUUCGGUGUUUUCAAUCUUUUACCAUUUUGACCUUUUGGUGCAAAACCAGCAUUAUCCUUUCGAUGUGUCAGGUACGCAAACUUCUUAGAAAUAUAUGGAAUUAUUACAUAAAUGAAGUUACAUAAAUUUUACAAUUCCAGACAUGAUAUGGUAACUUCAUUCUCUUUUAAUACUCAUUUCUAAUUUUUGUGUAAGUAUUGAACAAGUUGGCAUUUUGAAAAGUCAUGAUGCACUCUGCUAAAAUGACUGUUGUUUUAGGGCGGCGGCUCAAUACAAUAAGAGACGGAAAAAAAGAAAAAAAAAGAAAAGAAAAAGAAAGUGGCCUUUUAAUUAAAUCUAUUUAUAUAUUUAUUUCAACUAAUUAUUUGUUUAGUAAUUUUUAAAUCUAUCAUUAAAAUUUUUCCAAACUCUAGUUCUAUCGUUAAUUAAAAUAGUCAUAUUUAACAAUAUAAAUAAAAAUUAUAAACAAAAUAUAUAAUUUUAUAAUAACAAAAAUUAAUAAAAUUAUAAACUAAUUUAAGUUGUAGAAUAAUAAAAACUGAUUUCGAAUAAUUUGGUCUAAUGCUCUAAUAAAUUCUUUAAUAGAAUAUAAGUAUAUUCAAAAUCUUCUUCUACAUUGAGAUUAUGAGAUUGUAAAUUGUAAUUGUGGAGAAGAUGAAAAAAAAAAAAAAAAAAUUAUAAUGAGAGUGGAG